CAAAAGACGUAUAUGACGGUAAACAUGUACGAGUGCUUCUUCAAAAUGAGGGAAAACGUCACGUUUAUGUUUACUUAGCACCUGGUUGAAAAGGGCACAAGCUCUUACAGUGUGUUCAGAACAAGUUUUGGAGCAACAGUUAUAAAUAAAGUUGUUGUGAACCAUCAGUUGGAGAGUAAGACCAUCAUUCAACCGGGGAUGCUACAGUAAGAGCUUCACCUCAUCAGUCCCAACAUACCCUUGAUACCCAUGAUGACUGCAGAGGGACUCGAUGUGAUGGUCUAAGGUUGUGACACUCCCAGAAUGGAAGCAUCUGAUAACUCAACUCUAGACAGUAGAGAUGCUGACCAGACAAUGGAUGCCUGUCAGGCCAGUGAAGAGGAGGAACUUCGCUGCUCUGGUCGCAUAAGGAAUCCCACGGAGAGGAUGCUUGCAUUUCAGAAAGAGGAGGCUAAAAAAAAGGAAAAAAGGCUCAUUCACCUUUAUGACCAAUGGAAGACCCAGGCACGCAAGGCUAGAGAACAGCUAAAGUCAGACAUUUCUGAGAGCCAAAUUGCAGCUCUUAUAGACUCUCUAGAGAAAGGUAAGGAUAAUGUUACCAGUCUCUAUAUGGAAAUUAGAAGUCACCUGACUCCAUCCAGUGAGAUGAGACGUCGUAUUGAUGCCUGUGAAGCUGUGACAAAGGACAUUGUUAAAAUUGCCUAUGAAAGAAUAGCAGAUUUAGAAGAUUAUGACAGUGAGGCAGUAAAACAACGUGUUCGUGAGCUGCUUCAAAGAGACUAUGCUCGCUCCAUCUAUGGAUCUACAGUCUCACCUUCAAGCCAACACUCUCUGAACUCCAUUGUAGCAGCCAAAAGGGCGGAUGCUGCAGCAGAGUUAGCAGCAAAGGAAGCAGAGUAUGAAGUGUUAUUGGAGGAGGAAAAACAAAAGGAGAAGAUUCAGCUCCUAGAAGAACAGCAGAAAAGAGAUCUUGAAGCUCAGAAACGUGAGCUAGAAAGACUAAAGGCAGAAAAGGACAUUAGAGCUGCACGAGCGAGACUGGUGGUCCACAACCAGGAAGUAAUGCAGGAGGAUAGUGUUUACUCUGCUGACCUCAACACUAGAGGGCAGCAGCAUGUUUCUCCACAGCAUCCUGUGUCCUCAGCUCCCAUCCAGCAGCCCACUAGUGUUCCAAACCCAGCACUGCCUCCACAGACAGAUGUGUCAUAUCUUGCACAAGCAGUCCAAGAUACUAUAGCCAUGAAUAGGCUCCCAAUGCCAGAACCAUCUGUAUUCACUGGUGAUCCUAUCCAGUUCAUUGAGUGGAAGGCUUCAUUCGCAUCACUCAUAGACAGGAAGAACAUCUCAUCAGCAGACAAAUUGCAUUAUUUGAGAAGGUAUGUAGGAGGUCCAGCACAAAAGACACUUGAUGGCAUCUUUUAUAGAAAUGAUGAUGCAGCCUAUAAAGAUGCAUGGAACCGUCUUAACAACAGGUAUGGUCAGCCCUUUAUCAUACAGAGAGCCUUCAGAGAAAAAUUAGCAAAUUGGCCAAAAAUCCAGUCAAAGGAUGCUGAGGGAUUCAGGACAUUUGCAGAUUUUCUACACACAUGUCAGGAAGCCAUGCCACAUGUUAAAGGCCUUGAUAUUUUGAAUGACUGCGAGGAAAAUCAAAAGCUGGUUCAAAAGUUACCUGACUGGGCAGCAUCACGGUGGAACCGUGAAGUCACUCACGUUAUGAAAGAAAAGCAGGAAUUUCCAAGCUUUCAGGAUUUUGUUGCCUUCAUGUUAAUGGAAGCAGAGGUCGCUUGUAAUCCCAUAACCUCCUUUCAUGCUCUUCGCUCAUCAGAGUCACCUAUAGAUGCCGACACCUCUUGGCUCAUUUGGAAAAAUUGACUUUGAACGUAGAACACACCAGAACUAAAAGUCUGCAACGUAUAAUUAUUUUCUUCUGUCUGGAGCUGGACCAAAUGAGCCAAGCUACAGGUGUGAAAGUAACAUCUGUGUUGCUGAGGCAAAAUCUAAACUAAAUCCAACCUCUCAACGUCCAAAUUUGAUUUGAACCUGAUUUAAAACGAUUGUUGGAUAUUUUAAUACAGGGCAACUAACUAAGCAACUAUAUUAAUUAAGAAUUAAUUAUGGUUUUGUGUUUUCUAUAAUACACCAUUGCUACACUAUAAAGAUCAUAUAGAUUGUGUUUAGUUAAGAGAUAGAGAAGCAUAGGGCCAUCUUUCCAUCCAUCAGGGCCUCGUAGGUCUGCUAAGGUAAGAGUUUCUUCUUUGUACAUAUAUACAAUGCAUGAGCACUGUUGGAGGGAGCCUGAGA